AUGGCUGGUUCAAGUGACACUGCACCGAAGGAGUCGUCCCCAGAUGGACAGAUGCAUCGAGAGGCAGCAGUGCCACCCCAGCAGGACUCCAUGGCUGCUGCCCAGGAAGAUGGAGCUCUGGGAAAUGCUGCAGCAGCUGCACCUCAGAGGGCUCCUGGUGAGCUGGAGGAGCGCAGCGAUGCUCCCAGCCGUGUGUGGGGUGCACAGCCUGGCCUGCUAUUCCAGGGAGAGAAGCAGAGCUGCCACCCUCUCAGCCUGUCCUGGGCACUGGGCUACAACAGCAGCCUGGCUGUGCAUAGCAUUGAAGAUGGGAUGCUGCUGUAUGUCUGUGCCCACACAGCGGUCAUCCACGAUGUCCUUGGCAGCAGGCAGUACCACCUGCAGGGUCACGCAAAUGCCAUCUCAUGCCUGUGUGUCAGUGAGGACAGGCGCUGGGUUGCCACUGCUGACCAAGGUCCAGACCCUUUGGUCAUCAUAUGGGAUGCCUUUUCUGGGAUCCCUGUGCGCACCAUCUUUGACAGCCAUGCAGGCGGUGGGAUCUGCGCUAUUGCCAUCUCCCAGGAUGCAAGGUGUUUGGUUACCAUCAGUGCUGGCAUGGUGCAGAGGGUCUGUGUGUGGAGGUGGACAUAUCCUGAUGAGAGCCCCGUGUGUGACGUGGAGCUGAGCCCUGAGUUUGGCUUCCAGGAUUUUGUCAUUUUUAAUCCCCAAAAUCCUUAUGAGUUUGUCAGCAACAGCAAAACCCAAGUGAUAUUUUAUCUGUGGGGCGAUGCUGGUUUGCAGUACAGCACUCCUUCUUUGACCAAGCAGUGGCCACGUGCUGGCGAUGGUCCCACCAUGAGGCAGGGAGGGAAUGUCACAUGGAGGAACCAGACGGGGGCACCAGCACCCAGCACUGACCCACCACUGCUCUCCUGACAGACCUUUGGCAGCGCAAUGGGGCACUUCACCCAGUCAGCUUUCCAUUUCAACGCCACGCAGGUGCUGACGGGCACCUCGGCUGGGAAGGUGGUGGUGUGGGAUGUGGAGAGAAAGCGGGAGCUGGACAAGGAACCGCAGGGCAGGGUGCAUGGCAUGAAGGCCACCAAGCUGGUGCCGAUGCAGGAAGAAAGCCUGACAGCGCUGAUGGUGCUGGAGAGCUGCAUAGUGACAGGGGAUGUGAGAGGCCAGGUGAAGUUCUACAAUGGGCACCUGCAGCUCCUGGCCUGCUAUGACCACAGUGGUAUGGGUCCCAUUCGAUCCAUCUCCUUCUCCAAAGCUCCUCCAGACUCUCCAGCUGCCCCUUCUACCAGCAGCCACCCCUUCGCUGCUAGGAACUUUAUCCUUUCAACCUCUGAUGCAACAGUGCUCCGUGUUGCGACAGAUGGGACAGACUUUGAAAAAGUCAUGAAAGAGGCCAAGAAAGCAGUGACUGCCAUUGCAUGCCAUCCUCAACAGCCACGGCUUGCCGUGGGCAGUCACUGCGGGCUGAUGAAGGUGUGGGACUACCAGCAGCCCCAGCUCCUCAUGAGCAGGAUAUUCCCCAGUGCUGGAGUGCAGUGCCUGUCCUAUGAUCCUGCAGGCUCCUUCCUGGCCGCCGGUUUCACCGAUGGGAGUGUGCAUGUCCUCGAUGCCAUUUCCCUGCUGUCCUGCUGUGAGGUGUUCAGGUUCUCGCGGGGCCCCAUAACUCACGUCCAGUUCUCCCAUAACUCCGAGUACCUCGCAACUGCUGAUGAAAAAUAUGCAGUGACCGUUUACAAAAGGGUUCUGCAGAAUGAGCGUAGGUGCUGGGAACACCUGGCAGGGCUGCACUCCCACUACAAGCCCAUCCGGAGCAUCCUGUUUGGGAUCCACCUGGACGGCAGCGAGCCCCGGCUGCUGAGCCUUGGGGAGGACAGGCAGCUGAUUGAAUAUGACCUGAGCAGCAGCAGCAAGGACCAGCUGGUGGUCCUGCACAGACAUCGUGUAGAGCAGGCUGCAGUGCCCCUCUGCUUGGCCUGGUAUCCACAUUUCAGCACCGAGUCCUUCAUCCUCACAGCCAACAGCUGCUACAAAAUGAAGCUCUACAAUGCAACGACCAAAAUGUGCAGAAAGACUCUUCUGGGACCAACCUAUGGCUCGCCAUUGGAGAAGAUGCAAAUCCUCCCAAAGAGUGCUGCACAGCCCCAGAAGCACUACCUGGCAUACAUUACCAAGGACAAGGUGGGCCUGCAGAUUCUGCCCAUUGAUGGCAACCCCCACAAGUCCUCAGCUUUCAUUUGCCACCCAGAUGGUGCCUCUGACCUGGCCGUCUCCUACGAUGGGCACUACAUCUUUACGGCUGGGGGGAGUGACCGCACUGUUCUAAAGUGGGAGGUGAACCUGAAUGCCUUGGAAGCUGCUGCAUCCCUGGGUGGGGAGGACCUGGUCCCGUUCUACAGACUGCUGGAGGGCGGCCUGGACGGUGAAUUCUUCAGGGAGCUGGAAGACUAUUUCUACUAUGUGCAGCUGCACAGCCAUGGCAUUGAUAUGCUGGAGAGCAGGCAGGUGUCAACGUACAUUCCCUUGGAGGAAAUUCCUUCUGUAAUGAGAGCAAUGGGUUUUUACCCAUCUGAGGAAGAGAUCGAAGAAAUGAUAAAUGAAGUAAAAUUCAGUGAGUUUGUGGAUACCGGAGAACAAGUGACAAAAAUCAAUUUAAGGGAUUUUAUCAAACUUUAUAUAAAUCAUCGGCCCGCGUUUGGCUUGUCAAUGAAAACAGUACAACAAGCAUUUCAGGUCCUUGGUUAUGAGAAUGAGAAUGGCGACAAAGUUAUUGACAGAGGAGACUUGCUGUCACUCCUACAGUGCAGGGGAGAGCAUAUGAUGGAGGAUGAGCUGGCACUGUGUCUGUCUGCCCUGCUAGGAAGGCAUCCAAUGGGAGGAAGAUCUGACCUGGAUGUACGUGAUCCCUCAGGUGCAGCAGCUCUGAUGGAAGAAGAAAUUCCAGAGCAAAUCACAGCAGAGAGAUUCACUGCCGGCAUUCUUGGCCUAUCCAUUGCUGAACCAGAAAAAAGAACAGUAAACUGAGAUGGAUAAUUCAUCUGUGAAGACUCAGAAUUGUAGCUGCCACUGUUUUCUACUCUUUCUACUUUCCAAACUCCUCAUGUACCUGUGAAAUACA